AUGUCUCUAACCUGUUCGGACAGUGAUGAGGAACAUGAUCCCCAGCAGCCCCCCAGAUUCUACGGAAUAACUUCUCCUAUCAGUCUGGCUCCACCUGAGGAGACGGACGUGGUUCUCAACCAGAAACUGACAGAGACGCUCAUAUCCUACAAUGUGUUUGAAGAUGAGGUUGAGCUGCAGCACAGAUCCCUGGUGUUGAGAAAAUUGGAUUCAUUGUUUCAAGAGUGGAUGUGUAACAUCAGCGAGGCCAAGAAAAUACCUCCAUAUUUAAUGGAUGUUGUCGGAGGGAAGAUUUUCACUUUCGGCUCUUAUAAACUCGGAGUUCACACAAAAGGUGGUGAUAUUGAUGCCCUCUGUGUUGUCCCCCAUCACGUAGAGAGAUCAGAGUUCUUUACCUCAUUUUAUGAGAUAUUAACAGAGCAAAAGAAGGUCAAAGAUUUGGUGGCUGUAGAAGAGGCCUUUGUUCCAAUCAUUAAACUGACCUUUGAUGGCAUUGAGAUUGAUUUAUUGUUUGCUCAGCUAGCCUUGGAAACCAUGCCAGAGAACCUGGAUCUGAAAGAUGAUCGCUUGCUGGAGAACUUGGACAUCCAUUGUAUAAGGAGUCUAAAUGGUUGCAGAGUGACUGACGAAAUUCUCAAUCAAGUUCCCAACGUUGAAAAUUUCAGACUCACCCUCAGAGCCAUCAAACUGUGGGCAAAACGCUGCAAUAUCUACUCAAACAGUCUAGGCUUCCUGGGCGGAGUAUCUUGGGCCAUACUGGUGGCUAGGAUCUGCCAGCUCUACCCCAAUGCGGUACCCUCUACUUUGAUUCAUAAAUUCUUCAUGGUCUUUGCCCAAUGGGAGUGGCCCAUCCCAGUCCUUCUGAGAAAGCAAGUCAAGUCUAAGCUAAAUUUGCCUGUCUGGGAUCCAAGGACAUCACGCAACGACCGCUACCACCUUAUGCCCAUUAUUACUCCAGCAUACCCCCAGCAGAACUCCGCCUAUAACAUCUCCGUCUCAACACGGGCCGUUAUUAUGGAAGAGAUUAAACAUGGUCUUGCUGUCAUGGAGGAAAUAGUGAACGAUAAAGCGGAUUGGUCAAAACUCUUUCAGCCUAAAAAUUUCUAUGAGAAAUACAAGCAUUAUAUUGUGCUGGAGGCAAGUGCAAAAAGCAAAAAACAGCACCUGGAGUGGGCUGGCUUUGUGGAGUCUAAGAUAAGAAUCCUGGUGGGAAAGCUAGAGAUGAACGAAUUCAUUACACUGGCCCAUGUGAAUCCCCAUUUAUGCCAGAUGCCCCCGGAAGGCAGUAAAAAGCGGAGAUACUACUCUGCGUGGACGAUUGGCAUAGUGAUUAAUAAGGGAGCCGGAGCUAAAAACGUGAACGUAGAUUUGCGUUCUGAUGUCAACUCUUUUACAGAAACAGUGUACUCCCAGGCCAUCAACAGUCGGAUAUUUCAGAAGGGCAUGAAAAUUACAGUUACUCAUAUGAGAAGGCGACAGCUGCACGACUUAUGGCCAAAUAUGGCCAUUCGGAAACGGAGAAAAUGCUUGAGACGAGGCAUAGGCUCAGAGACUGAAAAGAGUCUGAAUCAGUCCCUCUGCACAGAUACCUCUGUUUCCUCCCUGACUGGCACCUCAGACACAGACUCCCAGAACAUUACACCAAACCACGUCAGCAACUGUGAAGGAACCCAAGCUGCCGUCAUCAGGCCUCAGUUCCAAGAGUUCAUCUUCAAGCAGCAGUUCCACAAGCAUGUGUCAGGGUGCCAUGAAGAGGGCUGGCCCCCUUAUUCAAAAUGA